AGAAUAUUCAAUGUAUAUUUAUGUAACAGUAGGGGCUUUCGAAUCGACUGCCUCGGCUUCGUCUUCAGAGCAUGCGGAGUGAAUGGGAGACGAGCAUAGUCACCGCGGAGGCCUCGGCUUCUAUCAGCUCCACCUGGGUCAUCGCCGGCAGCAGCAGGGGGCGCCGGCUUACCCGAGGUCGGGAAGGCUGAGGGGCUUCGGCGGGGAGAUUGUGGAGGUCGAAGGAGGCCACAUUGUGCGGUCCACCGGGCUGAAGGAUCGCCACAGCAAAGUGUGCACGGCCAAGGGCCCCCGCGACCGCCGCGUCCGCCUCUCCGCCCACACUGCGAUCCAGUUCUACGACGUGCAGGACCGGCUUGGCUACGACCGCCCCAGCAAGGCCGUCGAUUGGCUCAUCGAGAACGCCAAGGACGCCAUCGACCAGCUCGCGGAGCUCCCCGCGUGGACUCCCACCCCGAUCGCCGUCGACGCGGCGGCGACAUCUUUUUCCGUCGUUGCUCUGCAACCCUGCGAUUCCUCUGCUUCGGAGCAGCCUACGGAGGAGUCUGACAAGAACAGAUUUGGGGUCGAUGAGCCCCCAGCGACUGCUGCCUUCGGCUUCGAAGGCGACGGCAGUGGGAGCAGUGGUUUCCUCCCGCCUUCGUUCGACAAUAACGCGAUUGCGGAUACGAUCAAAUCCUUCUUCCCAAUGGCGGCCGCCGCCGCCAGUGCUACUUCGCCGUCCUCCAGCACUCUUGCAAUUGGUUGCCAACGCUACCCUCCGGGCCUUCAAGACCUCCGCCUCUCUCUCCAAUCCUUCCAAGAUCCGAUCUUUCAACACUCUCAGCCCAGCCACCACCACCACCACAGUCCGACUCCUUCCGCACACGAUUCUCUACUCGCCGGUUCCGCUCACUCAUUAGGCUGGGUCGAACAGAACCGGCAGAUGGCGUCGUGGUACAUGCCCGAGUCGAGCGGCGGCGGCGGAUUCGGAGAAUUUCUUUUCUCCGUUCCGCCAACGCAACCUGCGCCGCCUCUCCCGACGCUCGGCCAGAGCCAGCUUUUCUCUCAGAGGGAACCCCUUCAGUCCAGUAACCCGCCCUCGGUCCGUGAUUGGUCAGAACUGGAGCUCCAGAUGCACCCGGUGCUCCAUUCCUCGAUCUCUCCCAUCGGAUUCACCUCCGAAGCUGGCAUUUUGCGAUUCUGCAUCCCAACGCGGAUUCAGGCCGAAGAGGAGCACGGCAGCAUCUCAAACAGGCUGCCCUCUACUUCUCGCCAUUGAUGCAGGGGAAGCAAGAGAACAAGACCACCAUCUCGCAGGUAAAUUCCAGCCGCUUCCCUGUCGAUUUACUAAAGUUGCUAUCUUUUUCGUCGAUUGCUUCGUUCUAGUGUAUGUGUGUAGUAUAUUUUGGUCUUUCGAGGCCCAUGCAUUGUCUGUCCUGAUUGCUCGAACUACUUCUACUCGUGAUGUGAUAUAUU